GGCAGUCACCGACUCCGCCCACUUACUCAUUCGCUCCCAAUCAUUGGCAUCUCCGCGAGAGGCGGAAAACAAGCCUCCGGGAGAGAACGCCUAUUGGGUGAAGGCCCCGUCUAUCUCUUCUACCGCCUCGGCCCCUUUUCGAACCUUACAUUUACUCGGUAGCAAAAGAGAAAGUAAGUAUGUUGCAGCUGGAGAUCAAUGAAGCUAAGUGAAUGGGGGCUUGAUGCGUAUAAAUCGAUCGCCACAGCCGCGCGUCAGGUGCUGGAGAAUAGCCAUUCAUUUAUGAAAGAGAGCUUGAGUUCCUUUGACUUCCCAUUCUCAGCCUCCUCAUGCCUCCAUCUCCACUAGACGACAGGGUUGUAGUGGCACUCUCCAGGCCUGUAAGACCUCAGGAUCUCAAUCUUUGCUUAGAUUCUAGCUACCUUGAAUCUGCUUCCUCUGCCAGUGAAAACCCUGUGAGUCUCCUCAGCACCGCUGUUGUGUCCAUCAAGGCUGCUAAUCUGACGUAUAUGCCCUCAUCCAACGGCUCUGCCCGCUCCUUGAGUUGUGGAUGCAGCAGUGCCAGUUGCUGCACUGUGGCAACGUACGACAAGGACAAUCAGGCCCAAACCCAAGCCAGCACCAGCAGCAUCUCUGCCAGCAUAGGAACCUUGACGACUUGCUCAGCAAACCAAAUGGUCAACAACAAUGAGAACUCUGGCCCUUUGAGUCCAUCCAGUGUUGUGGGGAGCCCAGUCUCAGGUCCAACAAAGCAACUGGCAAGCAUCAAAAUCAUCCAUCCCAAUGACCUGGCAAAAAAGAUGACCAAAUGCAACAAAAGCCACCAAGGCCCAGUCAUCAUUGAUUGCCGGCCUUUCAUGGAGUAUAACAAAAGCCACAUCCAAGGGGCUGUUCAUAUCAACUGCUCCGAUAAGAUUAGUAGGAGAAGGCUUCAGCAGGGCAAGAUCACUGUCUUGGACUUGAUCUCUUGCAGAGAAGGCAAGGACUCCUUUAAAAGAAUCUUUUCCAAAGAAAUAGUUGUUUAUGAUGAAAAUACUAAUGAGCCAAGCAGAGUAAUGCCUUCACAGCCAUUGCACAUAGUGCUGGAGUCUCUCAAGAGGGAAGGCAAGGAACCACUGGUUCUCAAAGGUGGACUCAGCAGUUUUAAGCAGAACCACGAAAACCUCUGUGAUAAUUCCCUCCAACUUCAGGAGUGUCCUGAAAGCGGAGGUGGAGGUGCCGCAGUAACCUGUACACUACCUCAGUCCAUUGCUACCACUCCAGACAUUGAGAAUGCCGAGCUCACCCCUAUCUUGCCCUUCCUCUUUCUCGGCAAUGAACAUGAUGCUCAGGACUUGGAGAAGAUCCAGAGGUUGAACAUAGGCUACGUAAUCAAUGUCACCACUCACCUCCCUCUCUACCAUUAUGAGAAAGGUUUGUUCAGCUACAAACGUCUCCCUGCCACGGAUAGCAACAAGCAGAACCUCAGACAGUAUUUCGAAGAGGCUUUUGAAUUCAUUGAGGAAGCUCAUCAAUGCGGGAAGGGCCUUCUUAUCCACUGCCAGGCUGGGGUGUCUCGUUCCGCCACCAUUGUCAUUGCAUACCUUAUGAAGCACACAAGGAUGACUAUGACCGAUGCCUAUAAGUUUGUCAAAGGCAAGCGACCAAUCAUUUCUCCCAAUCUUAAUUUCAUGGGGCAGUUAUUGGAGUUUGAAGAAGAUCUGAACAAUGGAGUCACACCACGAAUUCUUACGCCAAAGCUGAUUGGGGUUGAGACUGUUGUGUGACAUCAAAGAAACACAGGACAGGUUUUUUUUUCCCCUAAACUUUCCACAAACUGGGAAGUGUGGGUGAUUCUUUUCUUUUCAGCUUUACUAGGAAAAGCUUUUUUUUAAAAAAAAACCUUUUUUUUUUAAAGUCGUCACAGAUUUUGCACAGAAUGCCAUUGCAAAUCAAUUCUCAAAGGAAUGGAGGAAGGAGAAAGGCUUAGAAAGAAACCAGCUUUUAAAAAUGGAUGUUCGGGAGAAAAAAAAAACCUCUCUGGAUAUUAUUUAGGGUUUUUGUUUUUUGAGGGGGUGGGUGGUUCAGCUACUUGUAGAGAUCAUGACUAAGUAGUCUGUGCAGGUUCAUAGACUGAGAAAAGCUAUAUUAUUUUUUAAAAAAAAUAAUGACACAACCAGCCAAAAUAAUAGCAAAAAGAUUAGAUCCACAGGCCUUGAGUUUGCAAAGACUUUAUUAAAGAAAACCUAAUGAAAAUGCUUGCUGGUGUAAAGAUGAUCAGAGCAGCUUAAAUUAUUUGCAAAUCACAUCUCACCCUUCUGGCUAGAGAACACCUUUUUAUUUCCUUUUGUGUUUCAUCUUCUGGUACUAUUUUUCUAUUUGGGUUGUGGGUAGGAGGGGUAGGACAUUAAACACCAAGAGACUUGACCAUUUCAUGCCAUAUGCCUUUAUUGGCUUCUUGUGCAAUAAUAGUUUUGGGGGAUGGAAAGCAUUUUUAUUUUGAGUGUUCAAACCAAUUAUUGCAGGCUACCCAGUAAUAAUACUAUUUUUUUAAGAAAUAGUGCAAAGAUUACUGGCUUGAUAUAGAAGCUGGAAUAUAACAAAAGCAAUUAUUCCUCCCUCCCCCUUUUCUGGUUCUAGUAAUGGUGCCAUAAACCUUGUUACAUAUGUAUAUCAGAAUGUACAAAGAUUAAGAAUAAGCAAAGUUUAUUUAAAAUAUUUUUUCGCACAAAAUACUGGCGUGUUUCUGUUUAUGUAAAGAAAAAUAUUGAUGAUAAAAUGAAGUGUUUUAGAAUUGUGAGUGUGUGUGUGUCCUUUUUAUUAUUUUCUUCAUAAAAUCACUUAGCUAGUUUAGCUUUCAACUUUCAACUUCCAGGUAUGGAAGAGCAUGGGAAGUUGGAAUGGACUGCAUAUAUUUUGCCCAGAUAACUUAUCCAUGAUGUAUCAGGUGGUUCCUAUCUCACUUAUAGCAGCUUUGUUCAAACACAAUGAUCUUGUCCUAGUUUAAACAUAGCAUAUUUAACUAAAAUAGCAGCCUCCGUGCUGAUUUCUUUUUUCAACACUUUCUCAAUUCCAUAUUUCUGGAUUCAUCUGAGAUAUCCUCAGAUGUAUUCACAAAAGAGAAAAAAUGAAGCCAAAAAGGAAAACCUGUACAUUCUUGGCUUGAUCAAGAUGACAUCUGACAACUGGUCAGUGUGCCUGCAGCAUCAACACACAGAAGUGGUGUUGGACCAGCUUGCCAUUGACACAAUAAUUCACAACAAUGCAUGUGUGGCCCGGUACAUACAGAACAAAUAUCAAAAGACAAUGGCAUCUAUAGGACCUUCAGAUGGGGUUUUUAUCAAGAGCGCUCAUCAGUCUGAAGUGCACUUUGUUCUCUCAUUUCUUCUCUCUUCACUUUUCCAUUGAAAAGGUAUUUUGCAAGUUUUCAACUGAAGUAUUUCUCAGGGAGUUUCACUUUAUCUUUCUGAAGUGAAAAUGCGAAGUGGAGAAAAGAAAAGUAAUAAUGGAGAAAAAUAUUGUCAUUUCAGAGAAUGCAUAGGUGUAAAUGCCUUUGUUUCUAAGGGUCUUUUUCUUGCCAGUUUUUAAUUCACGUGAGUUAAUAACUCUCACACUAACAGAAUGGGUGCACUGAUUCCUUGGGGGCUACACAAAAGGUGGGAGAAUCAUAAACCAGAUAAAAAAAUGGACAUUUUCAGAAACUUCAUGUCAUUUUUUCUUUAUUUGGCAUCCAGUUAAGUAGUUAAAUGGUAGCAUAUGAAGUUGUAGUGCAGACAUAUCAUUUAAGUAAUUUAAUUUCAUUUUGCAUCAUAAGAUCUAUUUAAAUAUCAAAAAGAGCCAAGAUUCAAUUGUAUUUAUGUAAUUCCUAAAUGGGGAACUGUAAAGGCAGAAAUAAAAUGGAGAUAUGUCUCAUGGGGUUAUGAUUCAUUUUCAGAAAAUCAUUUAAAUCUUUCUUUGCCUAUUAUUUUAUUGUCUACAAACUCAAUACCCAUAUUCAGAAUAGUAACUUUUUGAAUCUUCUUGGGGGAAAUCAUUUUGUCCCUUUCAUUUUCGAAUAAUAUUAUAUGUCAAUUGUGAAAUCAGACAUUGUAAAUUUUGCAGUGCUCGUGUCUCUUAAACAGUCAUCUAUAAGGGCUCGCAUUAUCCUGCUACUGGUUGAUGGGAAGCUUUGGCAGAAUAAAAGUUGAAUAAAGUACAAGUGCCAUUCAAAUGA